ACCCCGCGCUCCAGCCGCUGCCAGUGUGGGUGCUCCGCGGCUGGCUCCUCUCUGGUGUCUUCUCCUUUGCUCUCGGCUCCCCACCCCCUCUCCCUCCCCCCUUCUCCUGUACCCUCCCCUCCCCUCCCCUUCCCUCCCCUCUUCUGCAGCGCCUGCAUUAUUUUCCGCCCGCAGCCUCGGCUUGCACCGCUGCUGCAGCCCGGGGAGGUGGGUGGGCGGGCUGGCUGGUGGGGAGGAGAUUGUGCAAGUUGUAGGGGAGGGGGUGCCCUCUUCUCCCCCACUCCCUUUCCCCCCCUCUAACUCCUUCCCCCUCCUCUUCCCUUUCCCCCUCCCCGCCCCCACCUCCUUCCUCCUUUCCGAAGGGCUGGUAACUUGUUGUGCGGAGCGAACGGCGGCGGCGGCGGCACCAUCCAGGCGGGCACCAUGGGCACGUCCGCGCGCUGGGCGCUCUGGCUGUUGCUCGCGCUGUGCUGGGCGCCCGCGGACAGCGGCGCCACUGGAGCCGGCAGAAAAGCCAAAUGUGAGCCUUCCCAAUUCCAGUGCACCAAUGGCCGCUGUAUAACCCUGCUGUGGAAAUGUGAUGGAGAUGAAGACUGUGUCGACGGCAGUGAUGAAAAGAACUGUGUGAAGAAGACAUGUGCAGAGUCUGACUUUGUGUGCAACAAUGGCCAGUGUGUUCCCAACCGGUGGCAGUGUGAUGGGGAUCCAGACUGUGAAGAUGGUUCUGACGAAAGCCCAGAACAGUGCCGCAACAUAACAUGUAGCCCAGAUGAGUUCACUUGCUCCAGUGGUCGCUGCAUCUCCAGGAACUUUGUGUGCAAUGGCCAGGAUGACUGUAAUGAUGGCAGCGAUGAGCUGGACUGUGCCCCACCUACCUGCGGUGCCCAUGAGUUCCAGUGCAGCACCUCCUCCUGCAUCCCCAUUAGCUGGGUAUGUGAUGAUGAUGCAGACUGUUCGGACCAGUCAGAUGAGUCCCUUGAGCAGUGUGGCCGCCAGCCUGUUAUACACACCAAGUGCCCGGCCAGCGAGAUCCAAUGUGGCUCUGGCGAGUGCAUCCACAAGAAAUGGCGAUGUGAUGGGGACCCCGACUGCAAAGAUGGUAGUGAUGAGGUCAACUGUCCUUCUCGAACCUGCAGACCUGACCAAUUUGAAUGUGAGGAUGGCAGCUGUAUCCAUGGCAGCAGGCAGUGUAAUGGCAUCCGAGACUGUGUUGAUGGUUCUGAUGAAGUCAACUGCAAAAAUGUCAAUCAGUGCUUGGGCCCUGGAAAAUUCAAGUGCAGAAGUGGGGAAUGUAUAGACAUCAGCAAAGUGUGUAACCAGGAGCAGGACUGCAGAGACUGGAGUGAUGAGCCCCUGAAAGAAUGUCAUGUCAAUGAAUGCUUGGUAAAUAAUGGUGGAUGUUCCCAUAUCUGCAAAGACCUAGUUAUAGGCUACGAAUGUGACUGUGCAGCUGGGUUUGAACUGAUAGAUAGGAAAACCUGUGGAGAUAUUGAUGAAUGCCAAAAUCCGGGAAUCUGCAGUCAAAUUUGUAUCAACCUAAAAGGCGGUUACAAGUGUGAAUGUAGUCGUGGCUAUCAAAUGGAUCUUGCCACUGGCGUGUGCAAGGCAGUAGGCAAAGAACCAAGUCUGAUCUUCACUAAUAGAAGAGACAUCAGGAAGAUUGGCUUGGAGAGAAAAGAAUAUAUCCAACUUGUUGAACAGCUAAGAAAUACUGUAGCUCUUGAUGCUGACAUUGCUGCUCAGAAACUGUUCUGGGCUGAUCUCAGCCAAAAGGCCAUCUUCAGUGCCUCAAUUGAUGACAAGGUUGGUAGACAUGUUAAAAUGAUCGACAAUGUCUAUAAUCCUGCAGCCAUUGCUGUUGAUUGGGUGUACAAGACCAUCUACUGGACUGAUGCGGCUUCUAAGACUAUUUCAGUAGCUACCCUAGACGGAACCAAGAGGAAGUUCCUGUUUAACUCCGACUUACGAGAACCUGCCUCCAUAGCCGUCGACCCAUUGUCUGGCUUUGUUUACUGGUCAGAUUGGGGAGAACCAGCUAAGAUAGAAAAAGCAGGAAUGAAUGGAUUUGACCGACGUCCGCUGGUGACAGCCGAUAUCCAGUGGCCCAAUGGGAUUACGCUUGAUCUUAUAAAAAGCCGCCUCUAUUGGCUUGAUUCCAAGUUGCACAUGUUGUCCAGUGUGGAUUUGAAUGGCCAAGACCGGAGGAUAGUACUGAAGUCUCUGGAGUUCCUGGCUCAUCCUCUUGCACUAACAAUAUUUGAGGAUCGCGUCUACUGGAUAGAUGGGGAAAAUGAAGCAGUUUAUGGUGCCAAUAAAUUCACUGGAUCAGAGCUGGCUACUCUAGUCAACAACCUUAAUGAUGCUCAAGACAUCAUUGUCUAUCAUGAACUUGUGCAGCCCUCAGGUAAAAAUUGGUGUGAAGAAGAUAUGGAGAAUGGAGGCUGUGAAUACCUAUGCCUGCCAGCACCACAGAUUAAUGAUCACUCUCCAAAGUAUACCUGUUCCUGUCCCAAUGGCUACAAUCUAGAGGAAAAUGGACGAGAGUGCCAAAGUACUCCAACUACUGUGGCUUACAGUGAGACAAAAGAUGCCAACACAACAGAAAUUCCACCAACGAGUGGACUAGUUCCUGGAGGGAUCAAUGUGACCACAGCAGUAUCAGAGGUCAGUGUUCCCCCAAAAGGAACAUCUGCUGCCUGGGCCAUCCUUCCUCUCUUGCUAUUGGUGAUGGCGGCAGUAGGUGGCUACUUGAUGUGGAGGAAUUGGCAACACAAGAACAUGAAAAGCAUGAACUUUGAUAACCCUGUGUACUUGAAGACCACUGAAGAGGACCUCUCAAUAGACAUUGGUAGACACAGUGCUUCUGUUGGACACACGUACCCAGCAAUAUCAGUUGUAAGCACAGAUGAUGAUCUAGCUUGACUUCUGAGACCAGUCUCAACCUCUAAGGUAUAAACCAAUAAUGCCCCACUUCGGAAUGGUAACCAAGCCAGCAGCUGAAGUCUCUCUUCCUCCUGUCUGGAAGAUUAUCAAGAUCUCUUUGCGUGGAUCAAGCUUGUGUACUUGACCAUUUUUAUAUGACUUUUGUAAAUAUUCUUGUCCACAUUCUACUUCAGCUUUGGAUGUGGUUACCAAGUAUCUGUAACCCUUGAAUUUCUAGACAGUAUUGCCACCUCUGGCCAAAUAUGCACUUUCCCUAGAAAGCCAUAUUCCAGCGAUGAAACUUGUGCUAUAGUGUAUACCACCUGUACAUACAUUGUAUAGGCCACCUGUAAAUAUCCCAGAGAACAAUCACUAUUCUUAAGCACUUUGAAAAUAUUUCUAUGUAAAUUAUUGUAAACUUUUUCAAUGGUUGGGACAAUGGCAAUAGGAUAAAACGGGUUACUAAGAUGAAAUUGCCAAAAAAUUUGUAAACUAAUUUUGUACGUAUGAAUGAAAUCUUUGACCUCAAUGGAGGUUUGCAAAGACUGAGUGUUCAAACUACUGUACAUUUUUUUUCAAGUGCUAAAAAAUUAAACCAAGCAGCUUAACCAUGGUUUGUGCCUAUUCCUCUCAGAUGAACUGCUUGAUGUAAACAGCCUGAGUAGUGUCAAGUGUUCUAACUGAAUCUAGGAGCCACAGUUCUCUAUCAUGUGUAACUAAGCCUGUAAUUGAGCUACUUUAUCUUACAACCAAGUACUAACUAAAGAAUACAGUACCAUUUGAUGUAUUAUCCCCAAAUAUUUCUUAUUUUGUAAAAAUAACUUUAUUCUUGUUUACAAAAGAGUUCCUUUUUUCAUUAAUCUGUCUCCUUAUCUACAAACAUGAGCUAAGAUUUCUAUGAAUUCUUUUACUUCAUACUUAAGUCUCUGUUUUCCGUGUUCUGUCGUUAUCUAUGGGUCAAGGACAAGUGCCUUCUAAGGCAUAGGGGGGACCUCUCUUAUAAAAAGCCUGUUAUCAUCCCAUGAAGAUGGCUGAGGGGUAUAAUAAAUAAGCAGUGCCACUCUUGAACAAUCUAAGAUGGUGUUUCUCAGUGUGAGUCUAGGAACAGCAGCAUCAGCAUCAUUUGAAAACAAUAGAAAUGCAGAUCCUUAGACCCAAACCCAGAUCUACUGAAGCAGAAACUCUAGGGGUGGGUUCCAGGAACCUGGAACAAACUCUUGUGCUGAUGCUCAUGUAAACUGAAGUUGAAAACCUCUGUUCUAAUGUGUUUUUUUUGUGGGGGAAUAUAAUUAAAGCGUCUUCAAAAUUGUCAGCCUACCUGGCAUAGGACAGAUUUCAUCUAUGGGCACCUUCCAGAACUUUUAGUAUGAAGACCAGAAAAAGAGUUUGGAAAGAAGAAAAAGGACCAAGGGGAGCUUAGUGAAUCUUCCAUCAGGUUGGUCAUCGCGUCCUUCCCCUGAAGUCUCAAGAUGCCUGGAAGCAAAGAGAUAUGUAAGGCAUGAAGCACUGAGAGGCUGCUCUACGUCCAACAAGAGUGGGGAGUCGACAGUGGAAGGUGCAGCAAUCCCUCUGGGACUAAGUGACCAACACAGUAGCAAGAGGAUGAAUAGAAGAUGUUUUGAGAAACUAAAUGGAUUGGUGAGGGUCUCAUAUUUCACUUAUAUAUGGAAUAUAAGGCAGUUACCAUUUUUGGUUUUGGCUUAGGAAAGGAGAUCAAUAAUGCUAGAGGAAGGGGAAGUGGAUUCGUCAUUUUGUGGAUGCUCCCUUGUGAUUCUGUUCAAAUGGACAGAAAGAGAAAGGACAGAUUUGGGGCCUUUGUUUAGUGGGAGGUGUGGAAGUCAAGCAUGUAAAAGGCAAAGGCUAUCAUAGUCAUGGUAGGACUGUCUGCUAUCAACUUCAGAAGGUACAGUGAGCACACAGAAUGUGGCCUGGUGAUAGAGAACGGUGUACUGCCUAUUUGGUAAGUAGGUCAACAAUCAUCCUAUCUAAACUCUGAAGGCCAUUUCUUUGGUGUUUGAUCCCACUGUGAUCCAAAUCCACUGAUUAAUUUUUUAAUUGGCAUACUACCAGGUUUGCUUUUAGAAGCUUAAAGAUACCUGUGUUUUCUUUCCUCUUUUAUGAGGUGACACAAUAGUAAUCAACUACAAGACCCAAAGUCAUAGUUUUUGCAAAUAAAAUAUUAUUCAAUAUCACCUUCUGUAGAAUUCCAAUCUCCAGUGUCAUCUUUCAGGUUCUGGGUACCAAUUUCCAACCCAGAAAGAGUCUAA